CAGGAAUUGGCUGUUGUUGUCAAACAUCAAAUACAUCCUCGAUCCUCUCCCCAUACUGUUGUCCAGAGGUGUCUUCUUCUCGCACCAGCACAUGACAAUCCACCCAGCUGACUCUGCCCCAGAACAACCACAAUGCCUUCUCCGACCGAACCCCACACCAUCCUCAGUCCCAUAUCCAAACGCGACCGAGCGGACAACAUGGGCUAUGCGAUCCCGCCCAACGCCAUCGUGCUCCUCGUGCUCCUGGGCACGGGCUUCGUCAUUGCGAUGCUCUACGGCAUGGACCGCAUGACUGGGUUCCGAGGCCGAGAAGUGCCUGCGCCGCGACCUUUGAGCGCUGAACAGGCGGCGUACAUGGCGGAGGUUAGGAGAAGAAAUGCGAUGAUGCUGUGGGAGGAGGCGGAGAGAGGAAGGGGGAAGGGAAGGCGUGCCGAGAAGCAGAACUUGCAAAGUUCUUCUACUGCAGAGACAGAAAGCUAAAUCAAUUGAUGCCUUCGACACCUGCUGAUCGGCCUGAUCAGUGCAGGGCGGCGUGGAGCAAGUAGUGGAAGGUUCGUCGCGGAUGCUGCGGCCGUGCUGACGGUGCUCUUUAGUGGAAAACUACCUCGACGCAAUCUUUGGACAAUGAUUCGAUAACAGGCAUAUUGCCAAAAUCCAUUAGAGG